AUGUCAGUGACACCUAAUAUUGCGCCACAGCAUAUGCAAAGGCAACAAAGGUAUGGUAUUACAAUGAUGCAACCAAAUCAACAACCAGUUCAGGUGGCGCCUGGACAAUAUAUUUCAAAUGCUCCAGUACAACCGAGGACUUUAAGCGAUGCGCUAGCUCGAUUACCUCCGGAUUUGCAGCAAAUAGCUCAACAGCAAAUAAACACCGAGACAAAUGCUGAACGCAGAAAACAAAUUGCUCUUUCAUAUAUACAAAAUCAUCGGAUGCGUGUAUCUCAAGGAUAUCAGACUCAAAAUUCAAUGGGUGCCCAAGGAAUGAUCGUUAAUAUGAAUACGAAUCAACAAAUACCUCAAAAUUCAAGCAAAUUUUUUUCUUUUAUCAAUAUGAAAACUUUUUUUAAUCCUAUGAAUAACGGUUCUAUGACACGAAUGGGAAAUUCUAAUAUUUCACAACCAGCAUAUCCUAGUCAAGUCCCUCAAAUGGCUUCAAAUCAAAUGCCAAUGCAGUUAUUUUAUCUCUUUUAUUGUUUUCCUUUUGCGCUAGCUGAAAGGCUGAGACAUUUGACAUUUUCAAUAUUCCCAUUCUGGUGCCACAAAUUCCAUCCCUAUCUCUAA